GGUUAGUAGGCUCCAAGUCUCGGGCGCCCCAGCCUCCACCGCGGCUCCACAUCCGCUCUGCCCGCUCUCUCCGCUCCCAGCGCGCGGAUGAGUGGGAGCGCCGGGCGGUGCGCGCGCGGCUCCCGGCCUCCCUCCCCCGCCGCCCGCUCUGCUCGCGGUGCCCCUGCCCGGACUCGCACUCGCCUGUGCCCUUCACUGUCUUCCGCGUGAUUGGCCCGCCGCCUUUCUCCGCCAACUGGGAAUGCUAAAACGGGACUGAUGGACAUGUCCGAACUCUGCAUCCCGGAUCCCCUCGGCUACCACAACCAGCUGCUGAACAGGAUGUCUGCGGAUGAUCGGCACCUGGGCUCCAGCUGCGGCUCCUUCAUCAAGACCGAGCCGUCCAGCCCGUCUUCGGGCAUUGAUGCCCUCAGCCACCACAGCCCCAGCGGCUCGUCGGACUCCAGCGGCGGCUUUGGCCUGGCCCUGGGUGCCCACGCCAACGGGCUGGACUCACCGCCUAUGUUCCCAGGCGCGGGGCUGGGAGGCACCCCGUGCCGCAAGAGCUACGAGGACUGCGGCAGCGGCAUCAUGGAGGACUCGGCCAUCAAGUGCGAGUACAUGCUCAACGCCAUCCCCAAGCGCCUAUGCCUCGUGUGCGGGGACAUUGCCUCUGGCUACCACUACGGCGUGGCCUCCUGCGAGGCCUGUAAGGCCUUCUUCAAGAGAACCAUCCAAGGGAACAUCGAGUACAGCUGCCCGGCCACCAACGAGUGCGAGAUCACGAAGCGGAGGCGCAAAUCCUGCCAGGCCUGCCGCUUCAUGAAAUGCCUCAAAGUGGGGAUGCUGAAGGAAGGUGUGCGCCUUGACCGAGUGCGCGGAGGCCGCCAGAAAUACAAGCGACGGCUGGACUCGGAAAGCAGCCCGUACCUGAGCUUACAAAUUUCUCCACCUGCUAAAAAGCCAUUGACCAAGAUUGUCUCAUACCUGCUGGUGGCUGAGCCAGACAAGCUGUAUGCCAUGCCUCCUGCCGGCAUGCCUGAGGGAGACAUCAAGGCGCUGACCACCCUGUGUGACCUGGUGGACCGGGAGCUUGUGGUCAUCAUUGGCUGGGCCAAGCACAUCCCAGGCUUCUCCAGCCUCUCGCUGGGGGAUCAGAUGAGCCUGCUGCAGAGCGCCUGGAUGGAGAUCCUCAUCCUGGGCAUCGUGUACCGCUCUCUGCCCUACGACGACAAGCUGGUGUAUGCCGAGGACUACAUCAUGGACGAGGAGCACUCGCGCCUGGCGGGGCUGCUGGAGCUCUACCGCGCCAUCCUGCAGCUGGUGCGCAGGUACAAGAAGCUCAAGGUGGAGAAGGAGGAGUUUGUGACACUCAAGGCCCUGGCUCUCGCCAACUCAGAUUCCAUGUACAUCGAGGACCUGGAGGCUGUGCAGAAGCUACAGGACCUGCUGCAUGAGGCGCUGCAGGACCACGAGCUGAGUCAGCACCACGAGGAGCCGCGGAGGAUGGGCAAGUUGCUGCUCACGCUGCCCCUGCUGCGGCAGACAGCCACCAAGGCCGUGCAGCACUUCUACAGCGUCAAGCUGCAGGGCAAGGUGCCCAUGCACAAACUCUUCCUGGAGAUGCUGGAGGCCAAGGUCUGAUGGCCUGGCACACGGACCUGCAGAUGGACGGACAGUGUGGAGACUCGCUGUCUCCAGCCUCGACCUCCGACCCCUGUAUGGCCCCAGAGCAAGGGACUUCCUGCCUCCGGGCUGUGUGCGCAGACUCCUGGCUGCAGGGGGUGGGGCAGGGCGUGGGGCUCAUCUGUCACCUGCUUUUUCUUUGGUACAUUUUUCCUUCUCCAUGGGCUGCGCUGAGGCCUGGGCCUGCGCUGACUCCCCUUGGCACUGGAGACCACUGGAGGAAGCGCCCCCCACCCCACCGGAUCACCGAGAGGCAGCAUGUGUUUCCUGACCCACCCCCGGCCUGCAGCCCGCGUGGGCAGUGUUUGGUGCAUCAGACUCUGGCAACUCAUUUGGGUGCCCCCUGGGGGUGUCGUUCACAAAGGGCAGGACGUCAGGAGUCUCUGGCAGCUCUUUCCAGGUGUCCUGCCUGCCCCAGUGUCUUCUAGGAUCCUCAGGAGGCCCCACACCUUCCGCAGUUCACAUGGGUCCUUCCCUUCUCAGCCCCACAUGCUCAGCUCCCGGCCCCGUACACCUGCGGGAGUAGCAGCGAGAGCUCCCAUGUUUUCCUGGGUACCCAUCCCUUGGUGCUGUCCCGUUCGCACCCCAGUGCCGCACCGGUGUCCCCAUUCUCUGCCCCCAGAAGGCCCUCCCCUACCUCAGGGCUUCUGCCAGCCGCAGUGCAUCCAGGCCUGGAGACACAGCUGUGCUGACUCAGAAUAGAGGGUCCAGUCUGGUCUCCAGAGAACCUGGGGUCUGUGGGAAGUUCCGGGGCCUGGCCCCAUCCAGGGACACUUGGAGGCUCUUGCUUGAGGCCAGCAGCCCUGAAAAGGUCCAGCAGGAUGGGGGAGGCCCCAGCCAGUCCACGUCAAGCACAGAGAGGCCUGGCCACAGAGUACGGUGCAGGGGAGCUCUGGAGGGGGGCUUCAGAGGAGUCCAGCCUGCCUGGUCCUCCUUGGCCUCUAGGGUAGCAGGAUCUGGUGCCCUGGGGAGGGCAAGACACUGACUUGAUGGGAAGGAGGACAUGAGGAGAGACUGACUACUCUGCAAUCGGAAGAAAUGGAGCACGUCUGCUGCAGGCACAUCUGCUGGCAGAGGUGUGGCGGUAGCUGCCUGGGCAUCCCUGGCGGGAUCCCCAGUCUCCAGCUUCUCUGCAGGUCCCCACCAUCCAGUUCUGCCAAGGACUUCCCAGGUUUUCACACGGAGCUCUGGGUCCCAGGAAACCUUCAGUCCAGGUGCAUGGGACAGUGGCUCGCCCUGCUGCUGUGGGUGGCCCUGAGCCACUUCUCACCCACUGCGGCAGCAGCUCUGAACUCCCUGUCAGUGCUCAUGGGUCGGCCUCAUGGAGGAUCCCUGGGGAUCAAGGGGGUUCAGUCCAUGAUGGAAAGUGCUCUUGCUACCUUGUGAGGCAGGGAUAACAAUAAGUAGGCCUGGGUCCCCAGGCCACACCCUGCUCACCUAGCUUCCCCUCACCAGAGAGGCCGGCAGCUCCCAUCUGGCCCUGGAACAGUGGGCUUCUUGCAUGCUUUCCACCGGAAGCAGCUCUGCUAGUCUCCUCCGUGGCCCGAUGCCCCCAGAGACAGCCUGACCUGAGCCUCUGCUGAGAUUCCCCAAGGUCAUCCUGAGAGAUCCCCUCCUCCUACCUGUGGGAAAUCUGAGGUCUGAGCAGACAAGUCAGCACUAGAAUCACCAGUGCCUCCCCCUGGCUCUCCACGCUGCCUCUUGGCUCCGAUCCAGUGGUCAGACAUGUUAAAGGCACCUUGGGGAGUUCAAGGAACCUGCGUUAAACCUCAAGCCUCCCACAUCCAUUAGGGCCCAGCCCCAAGGGGCAGUUCUGAAGAAUCCUCAUGUGAGAAGUUGAGGUAUAUUCUCUGCCCUGCGUCGCUGCACUGCACGCCCCCAGGAAGGGGCAGAGGGUGGCAUUUCACACUGUGCUAUGCAGUGUCACGAGCCCAAGUGUUGGCCCAUCAGUGUCAGCAGGGACUUGAACACAGCUGGUACCUGCAUCCUGGCUCUUUCGGGGACAGCAUGUGGGUCCUGCUGGGCAAUGGUGGGUGCCCUGCACAGGGCAGCUUUGCCUCUCUGGGUCUGAUGCUUCUCCAAGUUACCAAGUUAGAGCACCUUCUGGCAGAAGGGGCGUGGCUUCCUGAGGUAGAGAUGCUACUAGUACCAGUGGGAACCCUGUACUGUGGGACACGCUGGUUCGGGCUUGCUGGGUCUCCCGGGUAUCUGGAGCAGAAGGGUAGGGCCAGCUGCUUCGUGGGAAGCCCGAUGAGGGCCUCCGUAGGGAGGCAGGACACUGACCUCUUGGGACGGGAGGAGAGUGAAGAAGACCCCACACCCCCAAACAACAGGACCCAAGUUUACCCCCCUAAUCUGCCAUUUUUGAAAAAUCUGUAAAGAGGAAACAUCCCUUCUCAGUUGUACACUCGUGAUACAGGUCAUUUGAAACAAACCAGGAAAUAAAACAUAAAUCCAACCACUGA